GUCAGGGCAGCAGGGCAGUACGAUCUUGUUGGCGGUGUGGGUGAGCAGGCCGUCCUCCACGCACACCCUGCCGCGUCUCUUGAACCCCUCGACGCACCGCAGCUCGCCGUCGACGCACCGGCCGUUCUCCGGGCAGGGCUCGCACGAAUCUGCACAAGCAAACACAGCACAAGAUUAACAAAGGGAUUUGCUUCUCAUGAUCGGAUGGAUCCGUCGGCGUCGGCGUCGCUGGUGGUGCGGAGCCCGCGGCAGACGGUGAGCCUGCUGCGGAGCCGGCGGCCGCAGUUCGGUCGGCCGGAGCGGGAGCGGAACCCGCCUCGGCGGGGGAGGGAGGCGUCGGGGCCCAAGCCGUCGGAGGUGUACGGGUUCGUGGGGUCCAUCACCGUGGUGACGGCGACGGCGGUGUACCUGGCGUGGGCCUACGCGCCGGAGCCGGCCCUCCGGUCGCUGGGCAUCACCUACUACCCCACCAAGUACUGGGCGCUGGCCGUGCCGUCGCUCGCCAUGGUCGCCCUCGCCCUCUCCCUCCUCGCCUACCUCGGCUCCAACUUCGUCGCCACCCCUCCCCCCACCUCCUUCUCCACCAUCUUCGACGAGUACAGCCGCGAACGCCCCGGCGCCGCCGCCGCGGUUCAUGUGGAUGCCGCGACGGCGCAAGGAGAUGAGGAGGAAGAAGAAGCGGAGAGGCCGAUCGAGCCCAUUUCGGACAUCAGCAUCCAUCACAUCAACAACCUCAUGUUUGGUGAUCACUGACGACCCGCUCGCAUCAAAAUUCAGUUCCAUUCCCCGCCGUCGCGACGAUUUUUCUGUAACUAUGAUAGUAGCUGAUAGUGCAGUAAUGCUGUUCUUCUUCUUACAGUGCUUGCUCGCCAAAUUCUGUUAAAGAAAUAUUUGCCUUGUCU